GCAGACAGAAAUCUGCCUCACCUCUCUCCAGCUAAUUUUAGUUUCUCCCUCUCCUCUCUCUAGCUGUGUGUGUGUAUAAAAUCCCUGGCAGCCUGACAGCGCUCCAGUAACCUGUGCCACACGCCACAGGAGAAGCCCUCACCAACCAUCUGCUCGCGUGGCAUGGGUUAACUGAGCCUGUGGGAUUGUGCUUACCUAAACAAAACCACUGCAGUGAGGGGGGAAAACAAUGAAUGGGUGGAGAUGAUCAGCCCAUGCAUUCCAGCUAGUGCAGUCCAGGCAGCAGUGACAGCCUGAAGGUUGCAGCAACAUCGGGAUCUGCAUUCCAAGUGCACAGAUCUUACAGUCUGGAGUGAUUCGGCUCGGAGCUGCUCUUUAUUUGCUGAGCCAUGGCCAGCAACCAGGCCAGCCUGCAGGAUGAUCAAAGCAGGCACUGCAAGUUCUUAUCCUAUAUGUUCUACCAGGCUGUGAGAGAUCACAAGCCCGUGUGGAUGCUGGAAGACAUGAGAACUAUGGAGUAUUUUUACUGGGAGGAAAACGCCAGCCUAAGGACCUACUCACCUUCAGAAGCCCUUCUCUAUGCAGUGGUGCAUAACCACCUGCCUUAUGCUCAGUAUCUGCUGUCUCAUUUUCCAGAGGAGGCUCUCAAGGUGCCUGGGGAACACUUCUGCUAUUGCCCAUCCUCUGCUCCUCACUUGGCCAUGGCCGUCACGUAUGACAGGAGGGAUAUUUUGGGGCUGAUCAUCAAAAUUGCACACAAGCUGCCCAGCUUGAACUCCUACAUCAACAGGACUGGCUGCUUUCAUCUGGAAGAUGGGAAAACCCCCCUGCACCUCGCCUGCGAGCUGCUGAGAUCAGAGACAGUGCUCAUCCUCCUCGGGAACGGAGCGUCUCCCAGGAUAGAGGAUAGCAAAGGGCUCACCCCACUGGACGUCAUCCUGGAGCAGAUGUGGGACUCCAAAGUCAACGUGGCAUCAAAGAAGCUCUGCCUCGACUACCUCUUGCUUUUCAUGCCCAACCCACAGUUUAAGAUGAGGAAAGUUCUGCAGGAGCAUCCAGACCACUGGACAGCCUUGCUGGGGGAAGACAAAUUCAACAGCCUGGUGGGGAACACACCUGCUUCUUUAUAUCUGCAAGCUAUGCAAACUAUCCUCCAGACUCUUCCCCCUUCCCACUUCCCUAAAAGCAUCCAGGAACUACCUAUACCUCAGGCACUAAAGCCCUUACCAUCCUAUGGCAAAAAGCUACCAGCAAAAAACGUGCACCACUAGCAGGAAGGACAGACCAGAUUCUGACCUCUGUUUACACCUCCUUACACCUGAAGUAAAGGCUUUUUAAGCUGAUUGUAUCACUCAUGGUGUUUGUUGGUCUAAAGAAGAACAGAAACUCUUUGUGCAUUUGCAUUCUUCAAGGCUCCAAGACUGACUUCAGCAGAAAAAUUGAUGUGAUGCUUAAUCCCUGAAAACAUUUUAUACCUUUUUGGUACUCUGAAUGUAUGCAGAGAUCUUUUUUCCAUCUCUCCAACACCAGUGGGCAUUUCACAGAAUCACUGAAUGGUCUGGGUUGGAAGGGACCUCCAAAGGUCAUCCAGUCCAACCCCCUCUGCAGUCAGCAGGGACAUCCUCAACUAGAUCAAGUUGCCCAGAGCCCUGUCGAGUCUCACCUUGAGUAUCUUCAGGGAUGAGGCCUCAACUACCUCCCUGGGCAACCUGUUCCAGUGUUCCACCACCCUCAUGGUGCAGAACUUGUUCCUAACAUCCAAUUUAAAUUUCCUCUUCUCUAGUUUGAAGCCAUUGUCCUUUGUCCUAUCACUGCAGGCCUUUAUAAACAGUCUCUCUCCAUCCUUCUUGUAGCCCCCUUCAGGCACUGGAAGACUGCUACUAGGUCUCCCUGGAGCCUUCUCUUCCCCAGGCUGAACAGCCCCUCCCUUUUGCCAGUUCCCUUGGCUUUUCUGGAGGCAGCAUGAGAGUGCCAGAUGCUGCUGUUCACUGCCUGAGACUGAGUGUCGCCCGGCCCGAGUACCAAGGAAUGUUCAUUGUAGGACACAACUUUCUGACAGAGCCAUACUUUUGUAAUGUGGGGGUCUCUUUUUUUAGGGGAAAAAGAAAAAAAGAAAAAGAAGAAGAAGGAAGAAAUCUUCCCUCUAAUUGUGUUUGUACUUCACUUGCUGCAUGAUUAAAGAGAGAAAGAAAAAAACCCAAGAUUGUAAAGUGCUGGAAAUGAAAUCUCUGUACAUGCCCUGGUGUAAUUAGGUCAAUUA